AUGUCUGGCAAGGGUGAAAAUGUACUGGACAUGGAAAAGAUCCUCCAGUCGAGAACUGUGAAGUUCAUCGUGGGCUGCGAUGAAAAAGAGUUCAACGUUCAAGAAUUCAGUCUCUGUUCUAUCUCCCCUGCUCUACGCGCCCUUCUUACCGGGGGAAUGAUAGAAACUGUUGAAGGCAAAGUUGUUUGGGACGACGUUGAGCCUGCCACUUUCGUCAGGCUUAUGGAGUACGCCUACUCGCACGACUAUUCCGUUCCGAAAGUCGUGAAAACAACCACAUCAAAUGACUGGGACAAAACCAACAAGAAUGGCAGCAAUAAGAUCGACGACGAACCCGAUUCAUUGAACUCGUACCUGCAAAAUGCUACGCACCAAGGCGCCCAGCACCAAUUCGGCAAGAAAUGUUUUACUCAGCCUCCUGAGCCCGAAAUUGGCCAAGGUAGCCAACCGAACAAUGGGGUUGCCUAUCUGAGAACGGACUGGCUUGAAGACAUCAAAUAUUCGAAAACCGGUAUUGCAGAUGUAUUCAUGUCACAAGCCAAACUCUACAUUCUCGCGGACAAGUACGGCAUUGAGGGACUGCGGAGCCUCUGUCUCCACAGAUUGAAGCAAAGCCUGCUACAUUGUUCUGGAACCGUCGAGUUUGAGAGCCUUCUUCUCGACGUUAUAGAAUUCGUUUUCUCAAAAACCAAGACUCAGGAUGCUCUACGAAAGUUGCUUGUUUGCUAUUGCAUUACUGAUCUGCAGUGGAUCGCAAGUUGUGAGCGUUACGAGGACUUGAUUGAGGAGUUGCCUGGAUUUGCCUCCGCGAUCCUGUCCAACGUGCCACUUUCAUACUGGAAUGAGUUGAGCAACGGUACCUCGUUGUGGGCGUCACCUAGCAAUAGUGGUUGCUUCAAGCCAUGA